UUGUAGUAGUUUUUGCUCGCUUUUCGCAUUCAGUUGGUUAAGUCGCGCCCGCAACCAAUACUCGUCAUUGCUUGGGUUUUUCUUCUCCGAAAGAAAAAAAUAUUGUAUUUAUUUCUCUGUGUUUCUUAUGGUUACCUAAAAAUGUUUGUUGUGUUUACUGUUUUGAUUCUUGGUAUAAUUGGAAGCUUCGAAGCCCGCCACCCGGACAUAGACAUCAACAGAAUAAAACUUGUGGCUAAUGAUGAAUCACAUUCCCAUGGACCUAGCUCACACGGAAGACGUUCAGUGAACGAAGUAAUUAAAAAUGGCUGGAAAAAUAAUAUUAUCCCUCGUAGCGGCAAGUUAUUCGACCCAAGGCCGACAAUGCACCUUCUACAUAAGCCCAGUACAGAAAAGGAUCCGAAAUUACUCAAAUUUCACCAACCCCGUGAAGACCCCCGCCUUUUCUACCAGUCUAUCGAGUAUCUUAAAGAAAUUGCUUCAAAGGAUUUGAACAACGAAGUUUCUUAUAUAUACCCUGGCAGAGAAGUGAUCCGCCCUGAAGAAAAGGCCCGUCUAAGGUCUUACGAUAUAAAUAAGGAUGAUAGUCUUAAAUAUAACGUUAUUAAUUUAGAUACUCCCUGUGUGAGGUGCCCCCAUGACAGGACAUUGAUCACCAAACCAGGUUCAGAUCGAGUAGUUCUACAGUAUCCUCGGCUACAAUCGUGCUCUCAUGGCAGAAGGUUACCGAGGAACGUUCGUUUCGUGCAUAUGUACGGACCUAAUUUUGGAUCGUUGCUGGUACAAGGCAACCAUGUGGUAGUAGGGAAAAUUAUUCAUAACCAUAAGACCUUACAAGUAUGUAAAAUGCAGAUUAGCGUUUUAGCCCAAACCUGUACCACACCUAAAACCCUAAUUGCUCAUUGUAAGCCUGACAACAAAAACUGCAGUUUCACCUGCCGGAACACCAAACACGUCUUACAUGGUCGGGCCACAUUAUCUUGCGAAGGAGGCAAAAUGUGGUCUGGAGAUCUGCCAAUAUGUGAAGCGCGUACAUGGUGCGAGCCGCUUUUCCCCCCAGAACAUGGUCAUAUAAGCUGCAAGGGUACUACUAUUGAAGACGGCAUUGGUCUACUGGAAGGAUCGACCUGCAGGGUGCGGUGUAAACGAGGCUGGAAGUGGGCACCUCGGGCUUCUGCCGUAUGCAGAAAAGGGGCAUGGACCCAUGGGCUCACGUGUCAGCCAAAAAGGACUUAAUUUAGCAACUGUUGUAUAUCAAUAGUACCUAAUAUUAUAUUUAAAAACGCGUAUGUACCUAACGAUAAUCAGCCUUACCAUGAGUUAAUCACUUUGUCUUUUUCUAGAGAAAAUCAUAACACAAAACAUCCAAUCUGUGCAAGAUUGGAUGUUUUUUUAUGUAUAGUAUACUUAUAAGUACCUACGUUUAUUUAAAAGUUUGUAUAAAUAUUUAAAAAAAUAAGCUAUCGACCGAAGAAAACCGGGCAAAUUAGUUGAACUCUUGUGGAGGGUUCCAUUCCCAAAUAAAAUGUUUUAUAAUAUUGUGUCCAA